CACAAGUUAGCGGAUUUCGCCAUGUGGAAGAGUGGUUGCGUUGUUUAUCAUUGAAAACAUAAUCAUAUCUGAUACAUUUAGUUAGUCAAAGCUGUCUAUUUUCAUUCCUUUUUACAGUAAUAUUUUAGUACGAUGUCCUCGUGUGUUUCUCAGAUUUCUAAAAUGCACUGUUGGUUUCAAUGAUAGCGCUUUCAGUUUGGAGCAAGGGUUUCCAUAUCGUACACAGUUGCUCGAAGUUUCGUCAUUUGAUCACCGGGUUUGGGUAUAAAAGGCAAAGGACUGUUGCUGUGUCUGUCAGAUGCAAGAUGUCAGCGGCAAUAGAUGUGCCGGUAAAUGAGGUGAAGGAGGGUAAGGCAGAAGUUCUGACACCUUCCUCCGUGUUCUACAAUCCUGUACAGGAGUUCAACAGAGAUCUGACGAUCGCAGUCAUCUCGGAAUUUGUCCACGACCACUUUGAUACAGUAAGGGAAAGAGAAGCCAAAUCAGCGAGAAAGAAAGUAUUAGAACAAAAUGAGGCAACAUCUGGCGAAGAUGCUGUGAAAGUGAAGCAACAGACAGGCAGUGAUGAAGACAAUGCCACUGAUUCUAAAGUUGAUGAUGUCGAGUUAACAGCUGGUGUCUCCCACCUAAAUGGAAUUAGAAUUUUAGAGGGUUUGGCAGCAUCUGGACUGAGAUCAGUCCGCUUUGGUUUAGAAAUUCCUGGUGUGAAAGAAGUCAUUGCAAAUGAUUUUGAUAAAAAUGCUGUUGGUUUUAUCGACCAGAAUAUUUCCAAGAACAAACUGUCAGGCCUCGUUCGGUCGAACUGUGGAGAUGCUGCAAUGGUCAUGUACCAAAAUAAAGGUCUGAAAGAUAGAUUUGAUGUUAUUGACCUUGACCCUUAUGGCAGUCCGUCUGUAUUUCUUGACUCUGCUGUCCAGGCCGUGAGAGAUGGAGGCCUACUCUGCGUCACUUGUACAGACAUGGCUGUCUUGUGCGGUAAUUCAUGCGAGACCUGCUACUCAAAAUAUGGAUCUGUGUCAUUGAAGGCCAAAUUUUGUCAUGAAAUGGCAUUGAGAAUCAUCCUCCAGUCGAUCGAAUCAGCAGCAAAUCGAUAUUCCCGCUACAUUCAACCACUUAUCUCAGUGAGUGCUGAUUUCUAUGUGAGAGUAUUCGUCAAAGUGUUCACAGGCCAAGUGAAAGUGAAACAGUCUGUUACAAAAUUAGCUCAUGUUUAUCACUGCUCAGGAUGUGGAUCACAUGUCCUGCAAAAACUUGCAAACAAAACCCCAACCAAGGGAGAUAACUACAAAUUCACACCUGCACUGGCGCCAUCGGCACAACAAGUGUGUGAUCAUUGUGGAUUUAAGCAACACAUUGGUGGCCCAAUAUGGGCUGACCCCAUGCAUGAUAGAGACUUUCUUACAAAGGUAAUACAACGAGUAUCAUCCAAUCAGGAACUGUUUAAUACAUCAGAGAGGAUUCUGGGAAUGCUGAGCAUGAUGUCCGAGGAGCUGGCAGAUGUUCCACUGUACUACACACUGGAUGAGGUCUGCAACGUUCUCCACUGUACUGCUCCUAGUAUAGUUCAGUUCAGGUCUGCUGUGCUGAACGCUGGGUAUCGGGCAUCACUUACCCACUGUGCCAAGAACGCCCACAAGACUGAUGCACCGGGGAAGGUGGUGUGGGACAUAAUGCGUGCCUGGGUGAAGGAUCACCCAGUGAAGGCUAGUCGUCUUCAAAGUGAAACACCAGCUAAGGCAAUCCUGGACACAGAGCCAGUGACAGAGGUAUCCUUCAGCCUUCACCCUGAUGCCAACCCCCAGUCACGCCAGAAGGGGCUGCUGCGGUGGCAGGUGAACCCCGAGCCAGACUGGGGGCCCAAACCCCGGGCCAAGAAGUCCAACACGGAGGAGAGUCUCAGUGAGAAAAGAGACAGAUGUCGGGGCAAGAGAAAGGAAAGACAGGGGGACAAGAGCUUCCUGAAGCAGUACCCAUGCAAGAAGUACAAGAUUGGGGAGUGUGACCUUGGAGACGGCUGUGUCUACAACCAUGAAAUGGAGCAGACUUAGCACAAUUACAGCUUGUAAAGCUCAUAUAUAUAUAUAUAUAUAUAUGGUAUAUUGAUCAACAUCAGUGCUUUGCAUAAAUAGGGAAGGAAGGAAGGAUAUUUGGUGGCAGUGCUGUAAUACCAGUUGUGUGUCAGACAAUAGUUACCAUGGUGAUACUGGAGUCUUUGUAAAAAAGCUGUAAAUAUGUGAAUAUUAAAUUAAUUAAACUUGAUCUUAGUAA